AUGAAACUAUAAUUAAUAUUGUUCAAACCAACUCUUAAAUUAUCAGUAAUUUAAUUUAAUUAUAUUUAAGAAUAUUCUUUAAUUUCAUUAGAUUUAUGCAUGUUUCUUAAAAUGGAUCACCAUUUAUCAUUUCCUAGCCAUGUAAUUCAAUUUAAAGAAGGCAAUUAAACUUGGAUAAAUUUAAUUAUACGCAUUAAUGCAUAUAAAGUGACUUUAAAAUUGCAAAUCUUUUUUUUUAUCUCUAAUUAUAAAUUUUGGUAUUAUUUGCAAAUAUGCAUCAGUUUUUACCCAACUAACUCAUCUUUGAUUCCUAAUAAUCAAUCAAUUACUGGAAUGUAUAUCAGAAUCUCCAACAUUCCUAUUAUAAUAAUUAUUACACCAUGUAAUAGAUGCCUUAUGCAUAACAACAUCCAUAAUAUCAAUAGAAACUUCCAUAAAAUUUUGAAUAUGGUAACACUUCCUUCUAUAUAAUAAUUAGUACGUUAUUAUGAAGACCCAAUUUCGACUUAAUGUACAAGAAGAUCAAUUGUAGAAUAUUAAGAUGUAGUACCAUAGAUCAAAAAUGAAACUCUAGAACGAUACAUAAUGAUGAUUGUCAAUGAAGAUGAAACUUUUCAUAAUAAAAUAGCAAAUCUAAAAAAUAGUAAUUAGACAGCUUUAUUUAAUCUUCUUGAAAUGUUGGCUUAGAAAUAGAGAUGCUAAUAGAAAAGUAGAGAAGAACUGGUUAAGUUUUGCUUAAGAAAAGCAUUAAAAUUUAUAUUCAAAAGAGUUUAAGAGAAAUAUGAUAAAACAAGUAUGUAUAUAAUCAUAUUUUAAGAAACAAAUUUGAAAUCUGCUUAAAAAAUAUUCAUGACAAUUGUGGAAAAAGAAACUUAAACCAUCAUUAUGCUUCCAUUUAGAAAAAAUAGUAAAAAUAAAACAAUGAAUUCAGAUUUUUUAAAAUAAAUUUUCUCUUCAAAAACCUUUGUUACUUAUUAUAAAGAAUUCUUAAGUAAAUCUUAUGUUUAUUUUAGGUUGUUUGGAAUCAGAAAUAUAAAAAGAUUCUAAAAAAAAAAUUGCAUCUCUUUGCAAUAAAAUUAUGAAUCAUAUUAAAGAUGAAAAAAAUGUAUAAAUACAAAUUAAACAAUUUAUAGUUUGAAUUUGAUGUUAAAAGAUUACCAUGGUCUCAUUCAAAUGUAGAAAAAGUUAAAUAGACAGCUUAAGAAAUGUUACUUUAUUCAAAUUUUGAGAUUAAGUGA